GGGCUGGGCUGAGCCGAGAUUUCAUUGUCAUGGCACAGUGAAUCUCUGUGAUCAGAGGCGGCUGUUUCAGGAGCUCGCUUUGAGGGGGUCCGACCCAUCUCUCCAGCCGCCCACAUGACAAAGUCAGUGGAUUGAUGGUGUUUGAGCUGAGGGGAUGGUACACAUGUGACACUCCUUAGGACUGAUCCACGCCAAGUACACAAUGGGCAGUGCUGACAUCUUGUGUACCCUUCUGAUGGGCAUGCUGAUACUGGGUGUGUCCUGGGCUCAGCGAGAGGUGACCGUGCAGCAGGGUCCCCUGUACCGUACCAUGGGCUCCCACAUCACAAUCUGGUGCAGUGUCAGUGGAUACCAAGGCCCAUCUCAGCAGAACUUUCUGUGGUCCAUAUACCUACCUUCUGCCCCUGAUCGAGAGGUGCAGAUAGUGAGUACCGAAGAUCCUGGCUUCUCUUACGCAAUCUACUCCCAGCGGGUGAGCAGUGGGAACAUCUACGUGGAGCGAGUGACCGGUGAUCACGCUCUGUUACACAUCAGCCAGUUGGAGGAGCGAGAUACUGGAGAGUAUGAAUGUCACACACCCAAUACGGACCCAACAUAUCACGGGAGUUACAGCGCUAAGAUGAACCUGAGUGUGAUCCCGGACACCCUGGUGGUCUCCUCUUCUCCUGAGACCCUGCAGAAGAUAGAGGGUGGCCUGUUGCAUCUGUCCUGUAAUGUGUCCCGGAGCUCCGCCCAACACACACAUCUGUCUGUCUCAUGGUACCGCAGGACAGGUGACCAGACAGAUGAGGUCAUAUCCCUGGCCAGAGACUUUUCCUUGCAGUCCAGUCCAUCCUAUGCACAGCGCCAUUCCGUUGGGGACAUCAGACUGGAUAAACUGGGAGAUACUACCUACCACCUCACUCUGUACAAACUGCUGCCAUCUGAUCAGGGAGAGUAUUACUGUCAGGGGACAGAGUGGAUCCAGGACCCUGACGGAACAUGGUUUCCCAUGACACGCAAAGAGUCCGAGGUGACAUCAGUGACCGUGCAGCCCACAGAUAAGGAGUUUGUUGUGCGCCUGGACACAGACCGGCGGUCGUACAGUGCUGGAGAUACUGCAGAGCUGAGGUGCAUUAUUGAUGCCCAGAAUACAGCUGAGCGUAUGUUCUCUGUGUCCUGGGCCUUCAACAGUUCCCUGAUAGCCAGCAUGACCCCCGGGGGAGUGCCCACUCUGACAGGAGAGUUUGCCCAUCGCGAGAGCCGCGGGGAGCUGCGAGUAGGAAAGGAAAGUGACAGCAUCUUCACACUGAAAAUCUUCCGUCUGCGACAAGAAGACAGCGGGAAAUAUAACUGCAGAGUGACUGAGCGGGAGAGAACCGCCUCCGGGGAACUGACCGAUCGUGAGAGCAAGAGGCCAAAAAACAUCCCAAUCACUGUGAUGCCUCUAAGAACCACUCUUACAGUCACAGUCACUGCCAACUCCAGCUCUGUGCUUGAGGGCUCUCGACUCUCCUUUACCUGUUCCAUUGCCUCCUUGUCUGGUCCUCGUAGCCGCAUCUCUGCAUCGUGGCACAUACAGGAUAGACAAGGUCGCAGGAGAGAAAUAAUCCGUCAAGACCGUGAUGGAGUCACCUGGUCUAGUGAGAUGUACAGAGAGCGAGCUACUUCUGGGGGGCUCCGUAUGGUGAGGACCGGCUCCGAUACCUUCAGCUUGGAACUGGAGAGCAGUCAGCGAGGGGAUUCAGGCUCUUAUGAGUGCCGUGUGGCGGAGUGGAUACCAGUUCCAGAUGGAGAUUGGCAGAUGGUUGGUGAGAGAUCUGCCCAAACCAGUGUGGAUGUGACCCCACUAGAGACAGGUUUUGCAGUCACCGCCAUCUCCCGCACGCCCGGGGUCACAUACUAUGACUCUUUUGACCUUCAGUGCAUCUUGAAACCUCACUAUCCUGCUUGGGUGGGUAUCUCUGUCACCUGGCGCUUCCAGCCGACCGGAGGAGGGGACGCUCAUGAACUUGUUACCUUCAGUCGUUCUGGGGGGGUGCAGUGGGGAGAACGAGCUGGGAACUUUCGUGGGCGCAGCAUUGUAGAAAAGGCAGAUUCCAGCCACAAUGUGCGCCUAAGUGUGAGCCGUGCUAGUGAGUCCGAAGCUGGCAAGUACCAGUGUGUGGCUGACUUGUGGAGGAAAGAGUACAAUAACAGCUGGACCCGGCUUGCAGAACGCGCCUCCAACCUGCUGGAGAUACGAGUGCAGCGUCCAGUGUCCCGGCUCCAGGUCAGUAAAGUGAUGCGCUCUAUAAGCGUCUUGGAAGGCUCCUCGGUUACUCUCACGUGUUCUGUGCGCUCUCAGACGACCUCAGACUCUCGUUUCAUGAUUCUUUGGUUCGCACACCAGCCUGCCAGUGCUGAUGGCAAGUUGAUUGUUCGCAGCGGAUCUGGGACGGAGUAUGGAACUUAUGCUGAGGAGGCUGCCAUGCGUGGUCGUUUGCAACUUGAGUUGACCUCACCUGGACAGUACACUCUGACUCUACAGGGAGCACGACACAAUGACAGUGGCAGCUACUACUGUCACGUGCAGGAAUGGGUGAUGGAUCCUAACCAGGCCUGGUACCGACUAGCAGAAGAGGCUUCCGGGAUGACCGAGGUCAUUGUCAGGCGCCCAGAUAUUAAUCUGCAGCUGGACCAUCUCCCAUGGAACACAUCAGUCAUAGAGGGGGAGAGUUUCACCAUAUCAUGCCGUGUCCUGAAUCGUACACAGGGUGACUCCCGCUUGUCUGUCGAGUGGCUAAUAUGGCGAGCAGGAGAGCCUGAGCGACAGACCCUGGUUAAGCUGACACCUGAUGCCAUCACAGAGAGAGGGAACUUGCCCUCUGAGCUGGCCGCUCGUUUACAACUCUCACAGCCGUCGCCAGGAUUGUACACCCUCACCCUGCAUAGUGCUGAGAAGGGAGAUAGUGGAGCCUACAGCUGCCAGGUGCAAGAGUGGCUGCAGGAUCCAGGGCGCCAGUGGUAUAGAAGAGCAGAGGAGCGUUCGGGUGUAACAUAUGUGAGCGUGCGCCGGCCAGAUCCACGCUUGCAGCUGAACGCCACCCGUCUCAAUAUUUCAGUGACUGAGGGCAGCCACUUGGAGUUGGACUGUAUCAUCUCCUCUCGCUCUCGCCUGGAUUCCCAGCUAGCUGUGUCCUGGUCCCUACAGAGUGCAGCACGGGGGUUGGAGCCUGAGCUAGUGCUGAGCACAGACCGUUCUGGAAUGUGGACGCCGGUGGCCCCACGCUGGGAGGGCCGCCUGCAGCAGCUCCAGUUGUCUACCACUCUCUUCAGACUACGGGUCCCACAAGUUGGCCCAGGGGAUUCUGGGAAUUACACCUGCUCGGUCCAGGAGUGGCUGCCAGGGCCCCGUGGGGACUGGUACCUUCUGGCUCAGGAUGAAGCUCUGAUGGGAUGGGUCAAUGUGCAGAGCAAGGACUCCACCUUGCAGUCGGUGAUCUGCUCCAAUGAUGCGCUCUUCUACCUGGUCUUCUUCUACCCAUUUCCUAUCUUCGGCAUCCUCAUCAUCACCAUCCUUCUUGUGAGGUUCCACAGCCGGCCCUCGGGCAAGACAGGUGAGGGCAAGAAUGGGGUGCCUCUCCUGUGGAUCAAGGAGCCCCACCUCAACUACUCUCCCACCUGCCUGGAGCCUCCUGUACUCAGCAUACACCCAGGGACUAUUGACUAAGGUCAGGAGAUCGGACUUGUUACUUUUGGUAAUCUCUGUGCCAGCUAUGGCCGCUCUCAUUUCAGCCAGUGAAAGAAGACACCCUGAAAAGGAUUCUGGGACGUUUGUGACCAUCAUUCUUUCUGCUGUGGUCUGGCUGCGGCUGUGUACUCCACGUGUUUAUCACAAAGGAUUAACUUCUUGUUAGAGACUUGUUUCGUUUUUUAAUGACUUCAUGCAUUGGAUUUUAGGACUCUGGCCUUUUGCUCCAGCAGAGAUGUUAUAUUUAUACAGAUAAAUCAAUUUAACUUAUCUUUUGGCUGAGGAACUCCUUAUGUGCCAUUGGGAGGGGAAGAAGGAGAAUUCCUUUUAAUUGGAUUACUACAAGAAAUUCUGAGAAAUUGCUGACUCCUGCUCUGGUAGUGGGAGGGUUAAACCUUUGAUGCAGCAAGGGCUUGUGUAAUGUGUUUGCAAGACCUAUAUCCAUAAAGUGCAUUUUGUCCAUGUGAAGGACUUCAUUGCGGUCCUUGAGGGCCAUCCGAGACUGUCAGCCAUGCUUUGCAAGACGUGUGUUUGUACAUAAGGUGCCCUUAUUAAAUCUGCGCUUCCUGUGAGUGGAGGCGUGUUUUAUAUCGCCCCCUUCCUGCCCACGCCUCCCUCUCCUUGCCUAUAGGUGCUUUUAUGUAGCCUUGUGUUUUUUACCUCCUGUUUUAUUUGUUUCACUGUAAAAAUUGUGGGUAUGUCUUCGGCUUAGCAUUGAGCUGACACCUGCUCUGUGUGCAUGACAGAUCCUUUAACCAUUUCACUGCCAGAAUAAUCUAUAGUGCACCAUGUGCCAGUGUCAUACACUUGAAACUUUAGCCAGAUCCACGUUUUGCUCAUGCAGGUGAGCCUUCUGUAGCUAUCUGUGCAUCACUCAAUAUAUAAAGAUCUGUAAACCUGGGUUAUUGUUUCACGUUGUUACUCCACGUUUUUCCACACUUGGCUGUGAACACUCCUUGCUGCAUUAUCUACAGCUUGUUAUCUGCAAUAUUUCCAGUAUCCACAAGUGUGUAAAACAUGGCUCACGUUGUAGAUGCACUGAAUUAUCUUUGAAUGUAUUAUAUUUUUUUAAUAUAUCCAGCUAAUAAACAGGGAGAAUGUAUCUGGCAUAGAAAGGGUUAAAGGUGCUUUAUAAAUCCCGCAUUUUGUCCAUGCAUGACCUGAAGCUUUGCCCUGGGCCCCACAGAUUGUGAUAUUUUGCACUGAGAUUGUUUUUUAUGAUGUUUAUUUGAAAACAGUAAAAUGUUUUGUGUUUCA